AUGUCGAGGGAAUGCCCGGAUGAUCCGAAACCAAGUAUCCCGUUGUAUACAUCUAUUAUGCGGAUGUGGAGGGAAAUGAAAGAGUGGGACCGAGGACUGCGUUGUUGGAGGGAUAUUAUGAGGCGGGAUAGAGAGUGGAACCGCCACGGAUUAGGUAUGCCUGCGGAUAUCAGGGCUUUCCGCGAAAUGUUGAAAUUGUGUCGGGUUUGCAAGAAGGAGGAAAUGCGCAACGGGAUAAUUCGGUUGGCCCUCGACAAGGGAUUUGAGGAGUCAGAGUUACUGGGACGCCUUGACAAGACUAAGGGACUGUGGGUUAGGAACACCAACAAAACGCCACAUAUUAGGGGUAUGAGAAGGGAAACCAACAGGGAUGAUGUCGAAAUUCUCGGUUCAUUGGAGGAAGGAUGGGAGGAUUUGGAACCAGUAAAAAAAUUCGAUACCCAUAGUGUCAGUUCACGCUCGUCGGAUCGUGUGAAUUCUCGGGUUUGGCACGACAUUCUAUCCCGACGUAUGCACGAGGUUCGAGAUGAUAGCUUUGUUGGUCGAAACUUGAAAGACCAACUUAAGGAACACCACCGAAAACGAGAAGAAAGACAAAAGGCUUUGAAGGAGAGGUCCUCUCAGGAUCAAUACGACAGUUCGAGAAAAGACGAACUGGAGGGAUAG